ACUUAUUAUUAAGUGGUAGUUUCCUGAAACCAACAUAUUCAAAGUAGCUAGAAAAAGGGCACAAUGGCAGAUCAUAGUGGUGGAAGACGACGUCGUUUGGUGUUGAUAGCAAGCCCGCUUCAAGGCCACAUGACACCCAUGCUUCAGUUAGGAACUUACCUUCAUUCCAAAGGCUGCUUCUCCAUAACCAUUGCUCACUCCGAGUUCAACUCACCCGACCCGUCUAAACACCCUGAUUUCGAUUUCCAGCCCCUGCCCGACAACUUAUCUGGCACGGGCAUCAUGUCUGGUGGCUUUGUCCAUUUUAUGCGAACUCUUAAUGAUAAUUGCAGACCCCAUCUCAAAGAACACCUUGUUCAGAUCAUAAAUGAACAAAAAGAGAAAUCUGACAAGGAGUCGAUUGUUAUUAUACAUGAUAACCUCAUGUUUUUCGCUGAAUCGAUUGCUAGUGAACUUGGUCUGCCAAAUUUUAUAUUGCGUAGUAGUAGUGCGGCUUUUUUUCCUGCUGUCAUGAUCAUCCCAAAGCUACAUCAACAAGGCCGAUAUCCGGUUCAAGAUAAUUUGUUGCAGGAAAUAGUACCAGAACUCCAUCCGUUCAGAUACAUAGAUCUACCCUUUAACAACCGUGCAAUACAAGAAACUCUUCAAUCGAUCACCAUGAUCACCCCAAAGUCCCCUCCUUCUGCCUUCAUAUGGAACACCCUUGAAUUUCUUGAAGAAUCAGCACUGACCCAGAUAUGUGAUCACUACCAAGUUCCUAUUUUUACCAUCGGCCCGUUGCACAAAAUAAUCCCAACUCCUUCAACUAGCUUCAUAGAAGAGGAUACUAGCUGCAUCUUGUGGCUAGAUAAACAAGCACCCAAAUCGGUGUUGUAUGUGAGCUUAGGAAGCUUAGCAAAUGUUGACGAAAAAGUAUCAACUGAAAUGGCAUGGGGUUUAGCCAACAGUAACCAGCCAUUUAUAUGGGUGGUUCGACCAGGUUCAGUUCAAGGUUUUCAAUGGAUCGAGUUUUUGCCAGAGGGUCUGUUGGCUGAGUUGAAUAGGAGAGGUUUGAUUGUAAAAUGGGCACCACAGAAGGAAGUUUUGGCACAUAACGCAGUCGGAGGAUUUUGGAGCCAUUGUGGAUGGAAUUCAACAUUGGAAGGUGUAUCUGAAGGUGUUCCAAUGUUAUGCCAACCAUUUGAUGUAGACCAACGAUUGAAUGCUAGGUAUUUAAGCUAUGUGUGGAAAAUGGGUGUUGAAAUUGUUGUGGAAAGAGGGGAGAUCGAGAGGGCGAUCAAAAGACUUUUAGUGGAUAAAGAUGGGGAAGAAAUGAGGGAAAGGGCUAUGGAAGUUCAAGAAAAGGUUAAACUUGCACUAAGCCAUGGUGGUUCAUCACAGAACUCCUUGAUUGGCUUGGUAGACUUCAUUUUAUCGAUGUAACUCAUGAAAGUUGUAAUCUCAACUAUAAUGUCAAGCACCAUUAAAUGGAAUUGGAUUUGUUCAUAUUACCAAAUCAAAAUAUCU